AUGGCAGAGACAAGCAUGCACUCAGUCCUCCCCAUACCAGGGCAGUUGCCAGAGAACAGCGGGCGCGCGGAGGACCCGUGGGGCGCAUCUGCCAGCCGACGGUCAGCAUCCUUUAGUAGCUCUGGGAGCUCAAGCUCCAGCCAAGGCAGCGAGGAGGGCGGCAAGGAUGAUGAUCACGCACAUCAACGGCAUGCAGCUGGUAGACGGAGGCUUUCCCUGGCGGAACAAGCCAAUUUUGCAAUGCAAGUUCGAGGGGAAGAAGAAGCCGCGGCGGAUGUGGAACGGCAGCAGCAAGAUCCUGGAUGCCUCAAGAAGGUCUGCAGCCUUGCCACACGCAAAAGGCUGCUCAAGGUGGUGCGGAGCCGUCCGUUCCACUUCUCCGUCGCCUUCAUCAUCACCAGCAAUGCCGUCUACAUGGGCAUAGAGGUCGAUGCAAACCAGGGCGGUGAGCGUGGAAUAUGGGCGGCAUUCGAGAUACUCUUUUCUGUGAUCUUUGCGCUUGAGCUGUUUCUUCGAUUAAUCGCAACAAUACCAGUGAAGUAUUUCUUCUACAGCGGAUGGAACUUGUUUGACUUGCUGAUUGUUGCAGCUUCCAUUGUUGACAACAUAUUGACUUUCGCAUUGAGGAACACAAGUGAUCUGAGCAGAUUUUCGGUGUUGCGCCUCCUGCGCCUCAUCAGAGUAAUUCGCGUUUUCAGGCUUCUUCGUAUCCUGGAUGGUUUAUGGAAGCUCGUGAAGGGCAUUCUGAAUGCAGCCUGGACACUUUUUUGGACGAUGGUUUUGCUGGCAACCGUGAUUUACAUUUUCAGCAUUGUUUCCACUCGUCUCAUUGGGCAGCCCCAUUCAGGCGACCCUUUCUUUGACGAGUACUUUGGUCGCGUUGGCAGGAGCAUGCUGACGCUCUUCCAAGCAACAACUACGGAAGGAUGGGCAGACAUUGCCAGAAAGGUUAUGGACAAGCAGCCAUGGUUUUCGUUAUUCUUUAUCCUGUACCUGCAUGUGACAACUUUUGCUAUUCUCAAUGUGAUGGUUGCUGUCAUUGUCGAGAGCACGCUGGACGAGGCAGAUCAGAGCAAGCUGAAGUCUGCUGAGAAGCGGCUGGAAGAUCUCCGUCGUGCUUAUGACAAGAUCUACAAGGUGUUUCAAGAUGGUGACUGCAAUCAGGAUGGAGUCCUUACCCGGGAGGAGUUUCGGGAACAAAUCAGCCAGCCCAAGGUGAAAAGGUACUUUGAGGAGAUCGGCAUUGACCCGAACGAAGCUGAGUACCUCUUCACGAUCUUGGACUAUGACGGCAGCGGCUCUCUGGAUGCGGCUGAGUUUGUGGGAGGUCUCCUGAAGGUGAUAGGCAGUGCCAAGGCAAAAGACAUCAUGGCGGUGCAUUGUGAGCUGCGACGUUCUGAAAAGGAGGGUCGCCAGCAAAUCACGGUCAUGGAGCGGAGCAUCGACCGACAGCUGAAUCUUGUGGAGACAGGCGUGCAGUCGCUAAGACAGGAGCUGCACUCGCUCGCUGCAGCCAUUGGCGUGAGUUUAAAUUCUCGUCAGAGGCUUACAGAGUGA